UCAUCGGAAAAUGUGCUGCCCCCUCUAACCCAAAACAUUCUAUAGCCGCGCCUGAUAUUGGAUAUAACAUACACAGCGUGAAUUGACUUCAUACACAGUAUUCGGAGUUGAUCGCAAAAAAACAACUUUGGAAAAAUGGAGUUAAAAGAUGCGUUACAGAUCACCGCCGCUGGUUUUGCCGGCCUUUUUGCGGGCAACGCCAUGUACAUCCACGCCGCAGACCACCCGGCCCGCAUGCAGCUCGAUACAAAGAACCUUCGCAUGGUCUGGGCCGAGGGCUUCCACAGGGCCAAAAAAUUCCAGGGUGCCAUGGUGCUAAUCUCGGCGGGAUCCGCCGCCGGGGUCGGGUACCUGGAGGCAAACGCAGACAAACGGUGUUUAUGGUUUCUGGGCGCCGGUCUUUUCUUCACGGUGUGGCCCUACACGGUGGCAGUCAUGUUCAGGGACAUCUACAAGAACCUAGACCCUGAUGUGUUCAAGAAAGAAGGAGAGGAAUGGUCGAGGAAUCACAUUAUUCGCUGGAACAAGCAGCAUGGGUAUCGGACUGCUGUCAGCAUGAUUGCAUUCGGGAUCUUCCUCUAUGGGAUGGUCAAGAAAUAAUCCAACAACAGAAGACGAUUCUUUACAAUCGCUGUCAUUUAAUGCUUUUGGUUGUUUUGUAAAAUCGUCAGGCACCAGAAAUAACAGUCUGACUGGCUUACUUUUUACUAAUCAUAGAUCUAUAUGAAAAUCACUCGAGUCAUACAUGCCCGUUUUAUAAGAUUUGCUUGGUCUUAUGUUUUGAAAUAAAACUUCUGUGUAACCCAUUUAUGCCUAUUGGACUUUCCCAUCCUUCUGCAUUGGAUCAAUUUAUUUCCAAAGUUAGGGAUGUCUAGUAUAUUUAUUUCUAUAUUUAAAAUAUUUUUUACAGAAAUUCCUUUAAGCAAACAGCGCAGACCCUGAUGAGACACCGCAUCAUGUGGCGUGCCGUCUCAUCUGGGUCUACGUUGUUUGCCAUGGCCUUUUAUCUAGACACUAGGAAUAAAUGGCUUAAAAUAAGAACCAAGAUUUUUAAAAUGAAUAUUGAAAGCAGUGAAAGACUAAUGUUGACAAGUUUAUAAUUAUUGGUUUCCUUAUGGGUUUUUGUCAUUUGCUAUUUUGAAUAAAUGUUUGCUGUA